ACCCUCUCCACCUUCUUUUUUAAUUUCUCAUCGUCCCACCACAACCGUUCUCCUCCCACCAGAGGCUAUUACUGCUAGUGCUAGACUUUGUUUUGCCGUUUGCAAUCUUCUUUCUUUUCUUCGUAUGGAGGUCAUGGAGAGGAGGGCCAACGACGACGCAGCAUGGAAGAUGGGUAGGAUUAUGUUGAGGUACCGACCGAUCGCACCGAAGCCGACGGCAGCUGGCGCAGCGCCAGGUUUAACCGUAGAGCCCAUCCAGGCCGUCGGUAAGGCAAAGAAGCGGGAGGUAGCGAGGCGAAAAGGUGGUUCAUCGGGAGGAAAACGCGGGAGGAAGUCGAGAAAAGCUGAGGAUGUGGCCACUCGGGAUCCACCCUGCACAGUCAGCACGGCGCCGGUUGUAACGCUUCCGCUGAUGCCGGUCACGCCGGAGAGACAAGAGACGUGGUUGAUGACGAGGGCAUCUCCAUAUCUCUGGCCGGUACAUCCAGUAGCAGGAGUGGUGGUUUCCCAGAAACCGGUCAGAGCGGCAGCUGUGUCGGUGACUAUUGAGAGCGUCACCGAGGUUUGGAGUGUGGGUUUUCGUGGAAAUACUAGCCAUGAUGACGACCUUAGGCGGUGGCUCGAGGCCGACGACUGUCCAGCUUUCGUUUCUAAGGCUGCAGAUCGGGUGACGUGGACCAACGCCGCCUACCGUAGGAUGGUACUCAGCGGAUACGUUAGCGCUGAGUCUCCUUCGUCUUCUUCGUCAUCUUAUAGCUCAACAUCGUGGUCUGACGCAGCGUCACUGCCGGAGGCUUCUGGUGACGAGGAGGUGACAGUUGUGCUGGUGACACGGGGUCUGGUACCGGGCGGCGAGUGCCGGGCGUUUACAUGCAUGACAAGCGUGCGGUACGGGUGCGGGAGGCGGGCUAAGGUUUCGCUAGCUGUGCCUUGUGACGUGUGGCGGCUGGAAGAUGGCAGUUUGGCCUGGCGGCUUGACGUGAAGGCAGCUCUGAGUCUCAGCAUCGGGAACUAAAGUCUUCCGAUGCCGGCAGCCGGUCAGGGGUGUUUUUUGUAGAUAAUCUGUCAUGCAGCAUGAAGUGUUUUCUUGUAAACUCAAAAUAAAUGAUAAUUAAUAUUAGAAUAGUAAGUGGUUGAUUAGAGAACUAUCGAGGCGGCUGAGAAGGUUCUGGGUUGCUGAAACGGGCGGUGAACUGUGGUGAGGUGGACACGUUGCGGCCUACGUUGUGUUGUCCGUGGACUGGAGUAGUGGGGUUAGAUUUUGGUGGGUGACAGCUGUAUAGCUGGUCGGGUGUACGUGGUGGGUUGAGGACCUGAGAGGGUAAACGAGGCGUAGCGAAGGUGAAGUCCUCGUGUGUAUCGUACUCGAGCAAAAGUGUUGAUAAGAUGUUUGCCCUCAAGCGAGGCGUUCUCUCAAUUUCUCGUAUAAACUUUAAAAAAAUGAGUUUUUUUUUUUUUGAA